GCUUCACUACUGAGAUAUUUUUACAUGUAUAUAUUUUCACCACAGUUGUCAAAUAGCAGUCACAAUAGUUUAAGACACAAGGCAGAGCCCAUAUAUUCACCUGUAGCCAAAUGCUUCCGUUCGCCUGAGGUAACCGCUAGGACAGCAUGUUUAUUCCUGAGCUUUUCUGUGAGAUAAAGCCGUAAAACAUAGGUAUUCUGGCAUGUUUUUUUCAAAACGGUGUUUUUUUUUCUUUCUUUCUUAAACUUAUAACCGAUGUUUGGGUUGCUGCACAGUGACGCCAAAUUACAAUUAGCGUUGCGCCAGAAAAAACUCAAAGUAUCAAUAAAAAUAUCAGAAAUGAUCCUGAAACAUUAUAGGCUUUAUAAAUCAAUUAAAAAGUCGACUCAUAUUCGCUCUCUAUUCACUACUAUUGAUCUUUCGUAAGUUGGGCAAAAGAGUUGAUAAAAACAGGUUGAAUGGAAACACCAAGGGAGAUAUAUUAAUAAAGGAUUGGGGGUUACAGAGGAAAGAGAGAGAGAGAGAAAGAGAGAGAGAGAGAGAGGUACACAGGGAGGAGGGGGGAGACCUGUUACUGCUGUGCCAACUGCGCGCUUUCACUGCGCAAAAGCGCACAGAAAUGUUAUCUGCUCGAAUCAAGAUAUCAUUCUCUUGAUUCUUUUUCUUAUAAAAGCUUUUUUUUUCUGAAGACAAAAUGCUUUAGUUUUAGUCUCUUAGCAUGUGUUUAGUAUUUACGAAGUCAGUCAGCAUCCUCUUUUGACAUAAGAGGAUCCUGCGUCUCCAUGCGCCUUUUCCUACAACCCGCCGCUUAACGCCAUUUAAAUGCUUUGAGACUAGGGCUGCGAGGAUGUGGACUCUACCGAGGACCCGGUUCGCGCACUGUAACGGCUCGUCGAGCAGCGACGAGAAAGAAAUCGCCGUAAACAUCGGCGGCGUGCGGCUGGUGCUGUGCGGGGACAUUCUGAACCGCUAUCCGGACAGCAGGCUCGCCGAACUUGUGAACUGCUCAACUCGGAGUUUUGAUGUCAUUUCCUCGCUCUGCGAUGAUUACGACCCAGGGAAACGAGAAUUCUACUUCGACAGAGAUCCUGACUCGUUUAAAUGCAUCGUAGAAGUGUACUACUUUGGAGAGAUCCACAUGAAGCGCGGAAUCUGCCCUAUUUGUUUUAUAAAGGAGAUGGAGUUUUGGAAGAUUGAUUUGAGCUACUUGGACGAAUGCUGCAAGAGUAACUUGACUGAGAAGGAGGAAGAGUUAGCUGAGAUUGCAGACAAGGUGAAACUGAUCCUGGAUGAUCUGGACUGUGACCCUAAUGUGAGCCGCACUGAAAGGUGGCAGAAGUUCCUCUGGAAACUCAUGGAGAAACCGGAGUCCUCGCUCCCCGCACGCGUAAUUGCCGUCGUGUCCUUUCUGUUCAUUCUAGUGUCAUCUGUGGUGAUGUGUCUAGGGACUAUACCCGACCUCCAAGUGGAGGAUUCCGAAGGGAACCGCGUUGAGCACCCGACCCUGGAUGCUAUCGAGACGGCGUGCAUCGGCUGGUUCACGGUGGAGUACGUGCUGCGCCUCGCUUCGUCCCCAAACAAGGUGCGCUUCGCGCUCUCCUUCAUGAACAUGAUAGACUUCUUGGCCGUCCUGCCGUUCUACGUGGUGCUGGUUCUCACGUACCUCGGCACGGCCAUGAUGGAGCUGGUCAACGUGCAGCAGGCGGUGCAGGCGCUCCGCAUCAUGCGCAUUGCGCGGAUCUUCAAGCUGGCGCGCCAUUCUUCUGGCCUGCAGACGCUCACGUACGCGCUCAAACGCAGCUUCAAGGAGCUGGGGCUGCUCCUCAUGUACAUGGGAGUGGGCAUCUUCGUGUUCUCCGCGCUCGGGUACACCAUGGAGCAGAGCCACCCGGAGACGCUGUUCAGAAGCAUCCCGCAGUCCUUCUGGUGGGCCAUCAUCACCAUGACCACCGUCGGCUACGGGGACAUCUACCCAAAAACUACCCUAGGCCGGUGCAACGCGGCCAUCAGCUUUCUGUGCGGGGUGAUCGCCAUAGCGCUGCCCAUCCACCCCAUCAUCAACAAUUUCGUCAUCUAUUACAACAAGCAGAAGGUGCUCGAAACCGCCGCCAAGCACGAGUUGGAACUCAUGGAGCUGCGCGCUCUCGAACUCGCAGUGAGAAACUCCUCGCGCAGGUCUGACGCGCCCGGGAACGCGUGGGAAGGUGCAAUGCGCGCGUCGCGUAGCGAUACAUACAUCCCGCUCCUUUCGGGAGCGCACAGAACUGAGAGGGAGCCCGUGAAGAAGAAAAGCCUAACUUAGGCCAAAAGUGAAAGAAACUUGAGAAAAGCACUUUAAGUUUCACGAGAGCUUGUGUUAUUAUGGUCAUUGUGCGCUAUAAACUGCUGUGCUGCAGUGUGACCGUCAAGCUGCUUGUGGUGUUUUCACUGGACAUCAGUUCAAAAAUCAGUUCCUCUCCAAACGUGUUAUUUUGUCUCAAUCAAAUAAAGUGCAUGUCAAACUUAACGCGUAUGUGUAUUAGAUAAAUAUGGCGCAACCAAAAUAUUAACACUUAACAUAAUCAGAAUCAUAUUUCACAAACACACGCAUACAAUAAGCUACAGGUGUGAAAUCAGUAUCAUACAUGAGCGCCAUCCUCCUGAGGUAACACUAGAAGUUGUAAGUGUAAAAAUUACAGGACACAAACCAAAAUUGAGGUAAGAAAGUCUUUUUUCUUUUCUUUUCUUUUCUUUUCUUUUCUUUUCUUUUCUUUUCUUUUCUUUUUCACCUGAAGGUGAAAUUGUGAUGAGGGUAGCAUAAAAAUUAAUUAACACGUUGUUAUUAUUAUUAUUAUUAUUAUUAUUACAUGUUUUGGUUUGUUUUGUUUUGAUUUGAUUAGUGCUACUACUAUUUCCAGCAGUGGGGUAGAUUUUAAGAAUAUUAAACAUUAAUAAAAAAUACUGAAUAUG